ACUUCCUGCAGAUGCAGGAAAUCAUAAAUGCUUGUUCUGCAUAUCAGUCGAUGUCAAAUCAACCUCCAUCCAUCAUAACUCUGGAUCUUCCUGAUGAUCAACCAGGUCUUUAAGUAUUUGACUGUUUGUGUGUGUUGAGAAGCUGAGAAUAAUCAGAUUAAGGCUGCACAAUUUGAGUUGUAAAGCUAAUGCUGAGUGUUGGGAUGAUACACUUCUUUAAGGCAGUCAUAUAAAGAGGUUUGUAUCACUAAGCAGUAGAAAAUAACUGUAUUUAGUCAUAUUUUCAAAUGUUUUGACAUGACGCUUUUGUUGGACAGUGGACAAAAUUGUAGAACUAAAUCCUGACAAUACAAACCAUUGUAAGAAAUUUAUCAUGAUAAAUAGUAAUAAGACGAAUACCAAUUGCAGUAACAGUUGCAUUUGAUGUAUUGUGCAGCUCUACAUUAGACGACUUUAUUUACUCUGAAUUUUGCUCUGUACCAGAAAACCCUGUUGUCAUGAAGAGAGAGUUUGUUGAUGAACCAAAAUGCAGAAAGGAGUUGGAACAUGGAUCAUGUUGAAAGUUUUAAAGAAAAAACAAAAACUUACAAAAACAAGCCAUGGAGAACACAUGGAGCCAGAGCAGAAGUACAUUAACAGGAACAACAGGGAGGCAGCAGGAUAAACAGGAUUUAACAGGAGGAACAAGCAAGGCGUGUGAGCAGGAGAAGGGUUUAAAUACUGUGAGGGUGAAUUCUGGAACAAAAGUGCCUGGGCUGAUUAGCUAAUGGGUUGCAGGUGUGAGGAGAGACCAGUGAGGCGGACAAAGGAGGGGGAAAGAGGAACCAACAGGGAAACUGACUAGACCCAAGGAUGGGAAGUCAGUGGGGCUUAAUGAAGUAAAUGGAUGAAGGAAAAAAAAAAAAAUCAAUACAAGGAAAUAACAGCAGCAAAGAGUCCAUAUAACACAGGUUAUGACACCUGUAGAUGAAUGUUCGGCUAGUGGUUUUAAGCUCGAGACCACUUGGCUUCAAGUGACCUUAAAAAAAUUUGGGCUUUGGGCCACUCAAAGUCUGGAAAAGUCAGCAAAGUCGAUUCAUUCCUGUAAUCCCUCAAAUUCUGCUGAAUUAAAAAUAAUGCUGUAAAGAACAGUUGGUUCACACUGAUGCCAGUUAUCGCCAUUGCUGCUGCUCAGCGUGGCACAACAAAGGGUGAAAAGGCAGGUGGAAGAGAACAGAAAGAAAAUCAGCUGUCAGAAGUUGCAGGACAAGCGGAGGAGUUUCCGUCUGGCACACCGACAGAAGAUCUCAAGAACUCACAGAGUGAGGAUGUGAACGGAGACAUUUCUGCUGAUCCGGAACAAACUGCUUCUCAGCUGAAUCCCAUCAGAAAGCACCCGGGCCGGGGAAGACCCCCCAAAAGCUCUCAGGUUUCUGCACAGAAGACGGUGUCGGUGAAGGAGGAAGAGGAGGGUUCUUUGGCAAACACGACAGGAUUUCAGGACGAUCCCUCGGAUGCUGACUACGCACCCAAACCACAGUCGAGAUCUUCAGGCAGCUACUUGAACUCGCGUGGAAGAAGGAUCAGAAAACCUGCUCGACGUAGGAGUUCACCUGAAAAUGACUUGGAAGACGAAGGUCCAUCGAAGGAAAAAAAGGAGAAAAGGGCGAGGGAGGACGAAGAGGUGGCUGACAGACAGGAACUACAUGAUGGGGAGGCCAGUGAGGGAGAGGAGGUCGAAGAGGCAGAAGACAGCAUCGAACUGCAAGGGGAAGGAGACAGCGAGGAAGACGGAAGACCAUCUCAGGCAUCAUCUAUGAGCAACCGAACCGAAUCGAAGCCGUACAGCUCUGUGACGCACAAAUGUGGGGACUGCGGGAAGAAAUUUACCCACACAGGUAAUUUCAAGAGACACAUGCGUAUCCACACUGGAGAAAAGCCAUUCAGCUGUCGGGACUGCAACAAGGCUUUCUCUGACCCUGCCGCUUGCAAAGCCCACGAGAAAACACACAGCCCCCUGAAGCCGUACUGCUGCUCCACUUGUGGGAAGAGCUACCGGCAGGUCAGCCUGCUAAACCUGCACCGGAAACGGCACACGGGUGAAGCGCGCUACAGCUGUGACGUCUGUGGCAAGCUUUUCACCACUUCGGGGAAUCUGAAGCGCCACCAGCUGGUGCACAGCGGGGAGAAGCCGUACCACUGUGACUUCUGUGGCAAAGCUUUCUCCGACCCCACCGCCAAGAUGCGACACCUGGAGACCCAUGAUACGGAGAAAGGCAACAAGUGUCCGCACUGUGACAAACGCUUCAACCAGGUAGGAAAUCUGAAAGCUCACCUAAAGAUUCAUAUUGCAGACGGGCCCCUGAAGUGCAAGGAGUGCAGCAAACAGUUCACCACUUCAGGCAAUCUGAAAAGACACCUGCGUGUUCACAGCGGGGAGAAACCAUACGUGUGUUCGCACUGUCAGAGAGCUUUCAGUGAUCCCGGAGCUCUGCAGCGCCACGAGCGCAUUCACACAGGAGAAAAACCCUGCGUCUGUCUUGUGUGCGGCAAGGCUUUUACUCAAGCCAGCUCCCUCAUUGCUCAUGUCCGGCAGCACACCGGGGAGAAGCCCUACGUCUGUGAUCGCUGCGGGAAAAGGUUUGUGCAGUCCAGCCAGUUGGCAAAUCACAUUCGACACCACGACAACGUGCGACCACACAAGUGCCAGAUGUGCAACAAGGCAUUUGUGAACGUGGGGGAUUUAUCCAAACACAUCAUCAUUCACACAGGUGAAAAACCGUUUCUUUGUGAUAAAUGCGGCCGUGGCUUUAACCGGGUGGACAACCUGCGCUCCCAUGUUAAGACUGUUCACCACGGCAAAGCCGGCAUGAAGAGGCUGGUGCUGACGGGGGGAACCAUCGAAGAAGUUAGCGACGACUGUGCUGAAGCUGGGUCUUCGGAUGAGAUCAAGAUAGUCACUGUUACCACAGAGGACAUUGUCACCCUUACGGCCGAGGCCCUGGCAGGAAGUGCUGUGGCUCAGCUCACGGUCCUCCCAGUGACUGCCUCGGUGUCUGCAGAUGAAACGGAGGCUUUGAAAGCUGAAAUCACCAAGGCAGUAGAGAAGGUGCAAGAAGAAGACCCCAACACCCAGAUCCUGUAUGCUUGCGACUCAUGCGGCGAUAAAUUUCUGGACGCCACCUCUUUGGCUCAGCAUGUUCGGAUCCACACGGCCCAAGCCUUGGUCAUGUUUCAGGCAGAUUCCGACUUCUACCAGUACACCGCGGCAGCCGCCACCGGAGAGGGGGAUGAUGCUGCUGCCGCUGCAAUCUGGCAACCUGCGCCCGGACAAGUUAUUCAGCAAGAAGAGCUGAUCUUCCGUACGGAUGAAGAAGAGGGGAAAUCAGAGGAGAUGCAUGGAGAGCAAGUGUCAGAGACUGUCAUUCAUGUGGAGGAGGCGGUUGAAGUGGAAGAAACUACUUCUGAGCACCAAACAAAUGAGAGGGAUGGAGAAGAAGAAAAGGAAGAGAAUGUUAAAAGUAAAGAUUAGACGUAGUGGAACAGGUUCGUCUGUGAUGUAUAAAAUGUUGCUUUUGUUAGAAAUCUAAUUUAUACGAGAGGAAAUUAGGAUAUUAUGUUUCUUGAUGAAUUAUACAUUAGGUUAUAACAUGAUGUUUAAAGAAAACUAAUCUGGAUUCAAUCAUUUUAAAUAAAAUGUAUUUUAACCUAAUUUAAUCUUUAGUGAUGCAUUUGCUUUACUCUUUACAGCAAUAGUUUGGUAAAGAAUUGCAGAAAUGAUUAAACAAGUUUGUAUAGUUUGUUUGUUUUAAGACUGAAAUGUAGGACUGUGUUUUGUCCUUUUAUGCUAGAUUGUAAAUCUAAUAGAGACUCGUAUUUUUCCAUUUUUUGAUUAAAUAUCUACUCUUUCUUCAAACGUG